AGUCUGCGCAUGCUUUGACAUUUCCGGCUGGUGUUAGUUCCGGUUUUGUAGAAGACGGGAAAGUUGUCAUGGGUUUAUACAUUUUUAUAUUUAUAUGCAGCAUUUUGUCACUAGGUACAAGCCGACCAGCAUCACCAGAUGGUCGUUACUAUCCGUUUUGCAGAGGUUGCCGCCAUUUUGCCAUCGCCCUCACGGAAGCGAUACGUAGCAACCAAACAUUCAUCACAAUCCGCCCGGUUCUCAUCAACGCGUGCGAAGACGUCCUUUCAGCAGCACACUUUCGUGGUCACGUGAUCUGCCCCGGUCUAGUUGACUUGUACGCGCCGCCAAGUCUCUAUAUUCUCUCACAAGCCUAUUUCGCGCCCGACGAGCUCUGUGAGAAACUGGAAUUUUGCCCGACAACGUACAGGCAAGAAAACGGUAUUUUAGAAAGAAACAGCAUCAAACUAGUGAAUGAUAGACAUGAUUUGGUGAGGAAACGAGAAUUUGGUGUUGACAGUGAUGCGCGCGUUAGCGUUGACAGUGAUGCGCGCGUUAGCGUUGACAGUGAUGCGCGCGUUAGUGUUGACAGUGAUGCGCGCGUUAGCGCUCAGUUGGCGCCAAUUCGGAUACUACAGCUCACUGACAUCCAUUUGGAUCAUCGAUAUCAAGAGGGAGCAGCUACUGAUUGUGGCAUGAUUAUAUGUUGUCGUGAAGGUGUGGAUGGUUCGGGCCGGGCGGGAAAGUAUGGCGACUACUCGUGCGACUUGCCGGUUGCAACACUCGAGUCGCUAACUCACCAUCUACGACACUUGGAUCCUCAACCAGAUUUUGUGAUUUACACCGGGGAUACGCCGACUCACGACAUCUGGAACAAAACGCUUGGAGAACAGAUUGGAUCAACGCAUUUCCUCGUCGACUUUUUGUCUGCUAAUCUUCCUGGUCUCACCAUUUAUCCCACGAUGGGAAAUCACGAAACGUUUCCUGACAAUUUGUAUUAUUCAUUGAAAGAUGGGAAAUUUACGGCGGAAAUCGCUACGUUGUGGCAGCAUUGGGUUAAGUUACCUGAUGAUGCUGUUAUGACAAUUCGAAGUGGUGGUUACUAUACGAUGCUGAUUCGGCCGGGACUUAGACUCAUGUCAAUCAACACAGAAUUUGGUUAUCAGUUCAAUUUCUACACACUCCUCAAUAAGCAGACGCCUCAAUAUUUUGAGCAGCAGAGAUGGAUGGACUCCACCUUGUCAGAGGCGGCAAGAAAUGGAGAGAAAGUCUUGAUUAUUGGUCACGUUCCACCUGGACAGAUCACAAGUGUUGAGUCAUUUGGAGACUUCUAUGUGCCUCUUGUGGCUCAGUAUAAAGAUGUUAUAGUUGGGCAGAUAUUUGGUCACAGCCACGAGGAUCAAUUUCAAGUGGUACACAGCGAUGGCCAUCCAUCAGGAGUAAUCCACAUAGCUCCGUCAGUCACACCAUAUCCCCACAUCAACCCGUCUUACCGUGUUUACCUCAUAGAUCCGGAAACGUUCAAGAUAAUCGACUACCAACAGUAUCACAUCAAUCUCGCUGAAGCUAAUAAUUUGGCAAAACGAAACCAAACCGACUGGAUCAAAUGGCAGCUGGCCUAUACAGCGAUGAGUGAAUACGACCUGCCGGAUCUGACGGCUGAGUCGUGGUGGAAGCUGAUAGAAAGAUUCCAACAAGACGACCAUCUCUUCACAAAGUACAGGAGGAACACCCUCGCACAAAGCUGUACACACAAAUCGUGUUUCACACUACCGAAACCCUUCGUCAUCUGCAGUGCGCAAAGUGCAUCAAAAAAGCAACUACUCAAUUGCCUUUUCAACGGAUAUCUAUGA